AUAAGGUCUCCACCACCGUGUAAUAGUGUAAACCACUUGAUAAAAUUCCCUAGAGUCGUUACUUUUGUAUGGGAGGUCUUAUCCGACAGCCUACGGCUUCUAAAGAAACCCAAUCAUCUCCUAUAAACGAGUGGACCAAAGCCAAAAACUGGUUCUUAUCAAAGUAACCUCUCAACGGGGCAGAGUACUCUUGAAUCCUUCUGCAACAUGGCUGUUUUCAAUCUCUUUAAGCUAUCAAUGCUCUUGAGCCUCCUCUCGAACUCAAACGGGUCCAAACUGCCUGAAAUUCCUGGCCACCAUGUCGGCGAAUUACCUCUACCUUGCAGCAGUAUCGAGUGUCCGGGCUACGACACUAUUCAUUCCGGCAAUGGCUAUGAAAUUCGCCGCUACAAUUCGUCGGUGUGGAUGUCAACCGCCGCCAUUGAAGACAUUUCUAUCGUUGAAGGCACCAGAACUGGUUUCUUGCAGCUAUUUGACUAUAUUCAAGGGAAUAACAAUUACUCAGAGAAGAUAGAAAUGACAGCCCCUGUGCUCACCGAAGUCUCACCAAGUGAUGGACCAUUCUGCGCCACGUCUUUUGUGGUAAGCUUCUAUGUCCCUAAGGAGAACCAACCAGAUCCGCCUCCAGCAGAAGGCCUCCAUGUGCAGAAAUGGGAUCAACAAUACGUAGCCGUGAGGCAAUUCGGUGGAUUUGUGAGUGACUUGACCGUUGGAGAGGAAGCUGCCGCCUUGCAAGAGAGUCUCUUUGGCACAGUUUGGUCGGCUGCCAUUGAGAAAAGCCAUGCUGGAGAGACCGCGACAAUUUACUCUGUGGCACAGUACAAUUCUCCAUUUGAGUUUGAUAAUAGGGUGAAUGAGAUAUGGUUUCUGUUCAGUAUGGAAGAUGAAUUUGCAGUGUGAGAAAAUAAGUGAUUAUGGUAAUCCCAUAAGUUUACACUCGGAUUUUCGCGGUGAGGAAGAAUUAUUAAUAGCAGGGUAAUAAGGGUUGGAUAUGCUUAAAGAUUUAGAAGUUAUAUACCUAUUUAUUAAGUUUCUCUGUAAUCAGAUCUUACUAGCUUAACCUUUUCUGGUUCAGUGCCAUUUCUGUUCUAAGAUCUAACGACACAUCUGGCCUUCAAAUCUCAUUGUGAGAUGGGAAUUGGAUAUCAAUUUCACCCGAUCAGAGUUCCUACAGACAUCUGUGUGUGGCCUAAAUAUGUCAUUCCAUAAAUUUCAGAAGCCAGGGGAUUACAUAAGUUUCAUGACAAAAUUGUGAUAUCUGAUGAUCAAGACAAUUUCUGUGAAACUCUUCCAUUUCAUAGAAGUUCAUUCUUAUUCUUGCAAAGCAAAUUUCCUUU